UGAGGUUUUUAUUCUUCUGAAAGUUGUAAUGACAUCUGCUUUGUAUUUGUUUUCAUUAUUAAACAUAGUCACCUCUUCCACAGAUUAUUCAGCUCAUUGUAUGUUGUUCUCUAGAGGUGGUAUGAUGGGUGGAGGCUCACAGAUUGCUUAGUGGCCCAUAGGGCACAGAUACCUCUUGUACAAGACACACACAAAGACAAACAACAUCCUGUAAUCUUGUAGAGCAGGGGUCUCAAACUCAAAUGACCUGGGAGCCGAUGAGCGUCCAGUCUGGUCAGUAGGGGGAAAGGCAAGUGCACAUUUACAGUUACAGGCAAGCUGUUGUCAUGACACCAAAAACGAACUUUUUUUGAUCUGUUGGCUAGCUUGCCUGUCACAAUACUAUAAUUAUGACUUUUCAGUGUGACAAAUUUACCAUGUGUGAUCAGUAGUACAAUGGUUAGAAGUUGACCUGGAUUCAAUUCCUGGGCAAUGCAAGAUGCUCUUUGGAUAAAGAUCUGGGCCACAUCUGGGCCUCAUCUGGGCCAUAUCUGAAACAUCUGGGCCAUAUCUGAAACAUCUGGGCCUCAUCUGGGCCAUAUCUGAAACAUCUGGGCCGCAUCUGGGCCAUAUCUGGGCUAUAUGUGAGCCACAUCUGGGCCGCAUCUGGGUAGUCAGCCUAUCAUCUUGCUGAGGAAAGAUUUGUUGUUCAGGAAACUGUUCCUAGUUUCUUUAACAAAAUAAAAUAAAAAAGACAAAACAAAAGUUAGAUCCGAAUAGUAGUAACUGUGUAUUGCCCAUCUACUAAUUCUGUUUGGCUGGCAUAUUUGAUAAAUAACCAAUGAAUGGGGGCCUCUUAAGCACCUUAUGUCGGAUUGAGAUGUUUUUUUUUUUCUUUUUUAAGGCAGUGUACAGUAUUUUCCCCACUAAGACAAUUAUGUGUAUUACAAUGACAAUUUAAAUUAAAUUAAAUUAUAUGUAUUGUUAUAUGUUUAGUCUGGGUUAUUAUUUUACUACCCAGAUCUGUUUACAUGAAUGACAAAAGUCUGUUUCAGCCUGUCAGAGUUCUAUGGCUAAUCAUAGCUCAUUGAGAGAAUAUUGCUUGUUUGUCAAGAUAUCUAUUUGAUGAUCUCAGAAUAAAAGAAUGUGCAUCAUAUCCAGUGUUUAUGGGAAUCUUUUACUCUGACUUUAUUAAAUGUAGUUGGAUAUGAAUACAUUCCACUUGACAAUCCACAAUAAGAACAUAUUUUUUGUGGUGUUGCAUUUUAUGUGGCCCCCGAAAACCCAGUGUUUUUCCCAUUUGGCCCUCUUGGUACUGAAGGUGAAUAGACCUGGAAUAAAAUGAUGCACUUCUCUGAACAGCCACUAGAGGAGACCGUUCCUCCUGUUCCACGCCACCAUAAUAGCCACAGCUCUCCUGUUGCCUGUACUUCGCCAGGCUUAGAGACACAUUUAUAGUACAACUCAAGGUGAGUCAUCUCAACAUCACCUUUAAGUGAAACUAAAGGAAACUAAAGUUGGUGUUCAUCAGUGUUUUCAUUUAGUGUUUGUGAUGCAAACUUCUGUUGAGGUAUGUAAAAAUAUCCAUAAGAAACCGCUCAUGUUAAAUAUAAAACACACGUUAAUUUCUAAAAAUUGUACCAUUUCAAAUAAUAACAGUAAUUGGAUGUUUUGUUAUGUAUUCUCCACAUAAUGUCCAUUGCAAUUCAGCGCUGACUGAGUCUCUCUGUGUCGAGCUACCUGCAAACCGCCCAGGCCAAUGUUUCAUCACUUCUUGGCACACGUAGCGUUUCUCUCCAGCAGAUGGUUGCCGAGAGAUCAGAGACUCCGAUUUCAGGUAAUUCUGGUUACAUUUGUGGUGGUUGUCCUUACCCCACAACUCUAUGUUUUGACAAGGCCUAGAUCAUCUCGAUUUUGCCAUCAGCCUCUCCUUAAUAACCUCAUAGUCUUCAUCAUCUUAUCAUUCAUGGCUACAGGCUUUGCAGUAGCGCUCACACUCAUAGACCCAGUGCCACAGAGUUUCAGCGUAGCCUUCCAUCUGUUUGGGGUCAUUUCAUUUGCUCAAGGCCUGUGCACCGCCCUUCUGACUCUACUAGCAGCUGACUGUGCAUGGACAACGACAGAGCUCUACUACCUUUCCCUUGUUCUAUCUUGGGCAUGUAUUCUCUCCACAGCCUUUUUCAUGGCCAGAGGAGGGCUUUGGGUGAUCAGCAAAAUGUGGCCAAACUGGGUCAAAGAAAAGAGCUUCUGGAACAAUGUUUGAGCCAAAGGCCUAUUCACGUCCAAGUGAAGCCUCUUAAUUAUUUAUGCUGUUUCCAUGCCAGCGUGAGACCAGCACUCAGAUAGGGAACAAAGAUCCUAUUACAGUCAAGCACUCUGAACACAGAGCACAGGGAAACAAGUCCUUUUUUUCCUCUUGGGCACUCAUUCAGAGUUUGUGGUGCAACUUUGAAUCACUGACAAGGUACAGAUGAUCACCUAAUCAGUCGUACCUGAUGUUCACUUGUUUAUCCUUUUCCAUUCAUCACCAUCAAUUGACAGAAAAUCAGUUCAUUUCCAUUGUUUAUAGCUAACAAGCCCAUCAAAUGUUCUGAAUUGAAUUAAAAUUGUAUUCAAUUGAAUCAAAUGUUUUGAGUAUUUUUAUGAGACUGGGUGACAAUACUAAGCACAGUUUUAUUUUAAUCAAUAUUAACUAUUCCCCUUGUGCUAGCCAAUCUUCUUAUCCAGUGAGGACAGCUGACAGUUCACAAUGUGUAACAUCUAUAGUUCAGCCUGAUCAGUCCCAUGGCAUUGUUAUGCCCUGCUCAGACAUCAUGGGCAUGUAGCUUUGUGUUGGACUCUGAGCUUUUAUGUGCGCUUGAUCCUCUCUGAAGCAGCAGUGGAGAGCAGGAGAUAUGGCACACAGCACGCCAACCCAACAAUACUAUUCUGUCAAUUCAGCUCUUACCUAAACAUGUCUGUUUGCACUUAUUUCCCCCACUUAAGUCUGCCAUCUAGCAGGUUGUAAAAUAUAGCAUUUUGGUCCAAGGAAAGUGUAGGUGCAAUAUAUGAUGACCAUUCAGCAGCACCAUUUCAUUUUUUUUUUUUUAAAUGAAUUUGAUACGUACAGUCAUUCAUGUAUAAGCCUUUUAUCAUAAGUUUUACUAUAGGUGUAUUCCUAUUCUUCAAAAAUGUAUUCAGUUGUUCAAUAUUUGCUUUUGUGUUUCAUGUCUUUACAAAAAUAAACAAAUUACUUAUU